AUGGCAGGAUUACGUCCUUCCCGGUUCUUCUGGUCCCUCGUGGAGAGACCCCCCACCACGGUUCCUGAGAUGCUUCAGCGGGCAAACCAAUUCGUCGCGGUUGAGGCUUGGAUGGUCGAAAAGGGGGAAUGGCCCCCGAGGGUCAGGCUCGAACCGGCUCGCGGGCAACAGCCCGCCGCGACUAGGCGCAGGCCGAGCCGAUUCUUCCCGCCUGCUCUAGCGCCUCCUCUGCCCCCUCUGGGCACGUCCCGGACGGAGAUAUUUCUCCAGAUAAGGGAGAAAGGGUUACUCAAGGCCCCGGUCCCGAUGAGGAACCCGCAAGAGCUUGCCGACCAGUCCAAACAUUGUCGCUUUCACAGGAAAAGCGGACACGACACCGAAGAUUGUCGCCAAUUGAAACGGCAGAUCGAAGAACUUGUCCGCGGAGGCCACCUCAACCGCUACAUCCGACGGAGCAAGGAACCCUCGCCCCGCCCGGAGGGUCCUGUGGAGCUCCACAUCGAUGUCAUCACCGGAGGACCGGCGGCCGGGGGAACCAGUAUGUCUGGGAGGAAAGCCUACGCCCGUUCCGCCGUAAGCGAUGCCCCCCAACGCGGCCCCGACCCCGAGGUCGCAUUCCCGCCCGAAGACUCCAAGCAGCCAGAACACGACAAUGCACUGGUGAUAAUGGCUCGGAUCGCCAACGCCCAGGUAAGGAGAGUCAUGGUCGAUACAGGGAGUUCGGCCGACGUGCUCUAUCUGGAUGCCUUUCGGAAGUUGGGGCUCGCCAAAGAAUCCCUGAAGCCUAUCUGCUCGGCGCUCAUAGGGUUCACUGGUGACUCAAUCUCACCGUUAGGGACCGUCACUUUGCCCAUGACUUUGGGAGCACCGUCCAAAACGAAGACGGUGAUGACCACCUUCCUGGUAGUAGACCUCCCUACUGCUUACAACGCCAUCCUUGGCCGUCCCACCCUCAACAAAAUAAAAGCCGUAGUCUCCACCUAUCAUCAGACUGUCACGGACAAACUUCUAAACAAGGUGUUUGAUGUAAUGCUUAUAUCUGUCCGUGUCUGGGAAGUUUGGGGAAGCCCCCGAGAAUCCAGACGGUGCUACCUGGCGGCGGUUUCGAUGCGCAAAAGGGUCAACGUCAACCAGACCUUGGAGGACCCGAGGGAAAGAAAGCGGCCGACGCCACACCCGGAGCCAACGGCGCCCACUUGUGACAUCCCGUUGAUGAAGGAACGUCCAGAUCGGACAGUCCAGGUGGGAUCAGAACUCCCUGAGCGGGAGCGGGCACGACUCGUCGGUUUCCUACAGGAGAAUGCUGACGUAUUCGCCUGGUCACCAUCCGACAUAACGGGCGUCGACCCGAAGACUGCUCAGCAUCACUUGAAUAUAGCCCCUGACGCACGACUAGUAAAACAAAAGCCACGACGCCAAUCCCCUGAUAGACAACUCGCCGUCCGCGAGGAGGUGGAACGACUCUUAGCGGCUGGCUUCAUCGAAGAAGUCAAGAUUGCUAUCCCACGGAUCGAUCAGCUGGUCGACGCGACUGCCGGGCACGCCCGUCUGUCAUUCAUGGACGCUUUCUCCGGCUACAACCAGAUCAGAAUGGCGCUUGAGGACCAAGAGCAUACGACUUUCAUCAUUGAUCUAGGGGUGUAUUUCUACAAGGUUAUGCCGUUCGGCCUCAAAAACGCAGGCGCCACUUAUCAGAGGACCGUCAACAAAAUGUUCGCCACGCAAAUCGGGCGAAACGUCGAGGUCUAUGUCGACGACAUGAUUGUGAAAAGUCGCGCGGCGGCAGACCACCUAACCGACUUGGCCGAGACAUUCUCCACACUUCGGAGGCAUGGCCUACGGCUAAAUCCUGCGAAGUGCGUUUUUGGCGUAGGGUCGGGGCGGUUCCUCGGAUUCAUCGUGCAUGAAAGAGGAAUUGACGUGAAUCCAGAAAAGGUUCGGGCAGUCAUCACCAUGCGGGCCCCCCAGACGAUCAAGGACCUGCAGCAACUAAACGGGAGGCUAGAUGCCCUAUCCCGGUUUUUAUCCCGAUCUGGCGAUCGCUGCCUUCCCUUCUUCCGGGCGCUGAAGAACCCAAAGGACUUCCGGUGGACGGCGCAGUGUGAAGAGGCUUUCGAGCAGCUCAAGCGGCACCUAGCCCACCUCCCCCGCCUGGCCUCGGUUGUGCACGGGGAAAGGCUCAGCAUCUACCUAGCCGCCUCCCUACACGCGGUCAGCUCCGUCCUAACCAAAGAGGCCUCAGGGGAACAACUACCAGUCUAUUACAUCAGCCAUGUCCUGAGCGGACUCGAGGAGCGGUAUCCACCGAUCGAGAAACUCGCUUUGGCACUCGUACUGGCGUCCCGAAAACUGCACCCCUACUUCCAGGCCCACCCGAUCGAGGUAGUCACUGAUCAGCCACUCCGACAGAUUCUAUCUAAGUUUGAUGUCGCAGGUCGGCUCCUCAAAUGGUCGGUGGAACUCGGAGAAUUCGAUAUACAUUACGCACCGAGAACUGCCAUCAAAGCCCAGUCUGUGGCGGACUUCAUUUCGGAAUUGGCCCAAGAUGUAAACAGAAGUCCCGAGCGGUCAGACGGAGCGUGGGACCUGCACGUGGAUGGCUCGGCGACCUCAAGCAGCGCGGGCGCGGGAUUAGUACUUUCAACCCCCGACGGACGCUCGUUCGAACGCUCCCUCCGAUUCGGGUUCCGGGCAACCAACAAUGAAGCCGAGUACGAGGCGCUCCUGGCAGGACUCAAGCUGGCACUAGAAAUGCAAGUGGACGUCGUCCGUGUUUUCACCGACUCGCAGCUCGUCGUCGAGCAACUCAGCGGCGGAUACGAAGCCAGGGAAGCAACCAUGGUGAAGUACCUAGCGGAGGUAAAGAGCCUAGCCUCCAAAUUCUCCCGCUUUACGAUAUCCAGGGUGCCGAGGAGCCAAAAUGAACGAGCCGACGAGUUGGCGAAGCUAGCCUCAGGACCAGACUACGGAGACCACUCCGAGGUUAAGGAGCUCUCGUCCCGCGCCAUCUCGGUCUCAACCAUAACUCCCGCCGAGGCGCGCCCCACAUGGGUGGGGGAGAUGCUACUUUUCAAACGCAACGGGGUUCUUCCCGAGGACGAGAUCGCAGCAAGACGCCUCCGCCGAACGUAG